UGAUGGACACUAGAGUGGAUCUAUUUGGGGUGCUCUACUGGGCCUUGCUUCAUCGGCCUCUCAGAGCCAUGACCGAGUGGACUCUGCUGAAGCGGCUGCUGGACGCCGUGCACCAGCACUCCACCAUGAUCGGCCGCCUGUGGCUGACCGUCAUGGUGAUCUUCCGGCUGCUGGUGGUCGCCGUGGCGGCGGAGGACGUGUACGCGGACGAGCAGGAGAUGUUUGUGUGUGAUACUCUGCAGCCUGGAUGCCCCAACGUGUGUUACGAUGCCUUCGCGCCCAUCUCUCAGCCUCGGUUCUGGGUCUUCCACAUCAUCGCUGUGUCCACACCUUCUCUCUGCUUCAUCAUCUACACCUGGCACAACCUGUCCAAGAGGACACCUUCACUUGGACAGUCCCACAAGAGCCUGAGCCAAAGCUUGGCUGAUGUUUUAGAGGGCAUCGGAGGCCAGAACAUUCCCAAGAACAUCCAGAAGGGCGCCUGUGUGUCGCUGACCUGCUCCCAGACCAAGGAAGCUUGUGGCCUGAGCUGUGAUUCAGACAGCUGCUCCAUUACCUCCCACAGGCACUUGGGUCACAGCCUGGUCAAUGUUCUGGAGGGCAUCGGAGCCCGCGCUGCCCAAAAGAGCGCUCCAAAAAACGCCUGUGUGUCCCUGACCUGCUCUUUAGACCACAGGCCUCCCGAUGGAAGCUCUUCAGGCGUUCUGUCCAAAAUCUACGUUUUCCACGUGUGUUUUCGUGCCAUGCUGGAGGUGGGCUUCCUCGUGACCCAGUGGCUUCUUUUCGGUUUCCGCGUUCCGGCUCACUUUGUAUGCACCGUCCCACCGUGCUCACAAAGGGUGGACUGCUACGUCUCCCGUCCCACAGAGAAGACCAUCUUCCUCAUCUUCAUGUUCUCUGUGGGAGCCUUCUGCAUCUUCUUGAACUUCCUGGAGCUCAACCAUCUCGGCUGGAAGAAGAUCAAGAGGUCCAUCAGCAAGAAGGACGGUUACGGACCUCCAAACAACGACGGACAGUCCAUGACCUCUCUGACCUUUAGAGACGUAACCAGCACCACGUCUCUGCCCACUUUGGACUUGGUGCUGGAUCACAGGCCUGAUUGGAUGUGUGCUGGAAACUGUUCUCCAAUGAAAGAAGGGAGGGAAGACUCGGUGCAGAAAGCCGUGCACAAACCAGUACAGCCAUCCAAAGGGAAAGUACAGUCCCAUAAAGGGAAAGCGCCCAAAUCGAGAGGUGCUGAGGUUUGGAUAUGA